AUGCUAAGGGUAUUUGGGAUUAACUAUCGCGCUCGAAUUACAGCUUUCAAUCCAUGGAAAAGUAGACCAGCAGGGCUGAAUCUUAAUGGUCGCCCUCAAAUGGUUGAUCCUAGGUACUUCAGAGGUGAAUAUAGACGCAAGAAUCCAGAUGAUCCUACACGACUUUUAAAGAUGAAGCAUGUCCUUCUUAAACGUUGCAGCUCAUGCAAACGAACUCUUUUUGUACCACUUAACCGAAAGGAUCAUUUUCACACUUGUUGUGAGGGAGUACCUAUGAAAGUAUUCACAAAUAUGGAGGCUGUAAUGAAAUCGGAACAGAAACUCCUAACCUAUUCUAGGCAAUGGGAUGUUGAAAAUGAUCGUCCAUGGUGCAAUACACACAGACCACGACCGAAAGGUAGGUCAAAGUUGAAGAAAUGA